AGUACGUAUUUGAGAGCGCGCACAGGAGCGGGCGCUCGCACUCCAGCUCUGCGUUCAGUCCCAAGCGCUUCUGACCGUCACUCCUCUGUGGAAAUUUAUCUGUUUCAGCUGAACAACCCUUAAGCAGCCAUGGAUGCCAUUAAGAAGAAGAUGCAAAUGCUCAAGCUCGACAAGGAGAAUGCCUUGGACAGAGCUGAGCAGGCUGAGGGAGACAAAAAGGCAGCGGAGGACAGGAGCAAACAGCUUGAGGAUGACCUCCUAGCACUGCAGAAGAAACUGAAGGGCACUGAGGAUGAGCUCGACAAAUAUUCUGAGGCUCUUAAAGAUGCCCAGGAGAAACUGGAGCUGGCUGAGAAGAAAGCCGCAGAUGCUGAGGGUGAUGUAGCUUCCCUGAACAGACGUAUCCAGCUGGUUGAGGAGGAGUUGGAUCGCGCACAGGAGCGUUUGGCCACUGCCCUGCAGAAGCUGGAGGAGGCCGAGAAGGCUGCCGACGAGAGCGAGAGAGGCAUGAAGGUCAUUGAGAACAGAGCUCUGAAGGAUGAGGAGAAGAUGGAGAUACAGGAGAUCCAGCUCAAGGAGGCCAAGCAUAUCGCUGAGGAGGCCGACCGCAAAUACGAGGAGGUGGCCCGUAAGCUGGUGAUCGUUGAGGCUGAGCUGGAGCGCACAGAGGAGCGUGCCGAGCUGAAUGAGGGCAAAUGCUCUGAGCUUGAGGAAGAGUUGAAAACUGUGACCAACAACCUGAAGUCCCUGGAAGCCCAGGCUGAGAAGUACUCACAGAAGGAAGACAAAUAUGAGGAGGAGAUCAAGGUCCUUACUGACAAACUGAAGGAGGCCGAGACCCGUGCCGAGUUCGCUGAGAGGUCAGUCGCCAAGCUUGAGAAGACCAUUGAUGACCUUGAAGACCGUCUCUACCAGCAACUCGAGAAAAACCGCCUUCUCUCUAAUGAGCUAAGAAUGGCCUUGAAUGACGACUAAAACUAGUGUGGACUUUUGUUUGUUUCAUCACCAAAUGGUGUCUAAAGUGAAUGCUGAUGUGAUUGAAAGUUCAAGAAAUGUGUUUUUGUAACAAAGUUACACUUUUGCUGCCUUCAAGUCAUGUUGGAAAGAUCAUAUUUACAAAAUAACAAAAAGAUUUACAAGAUUAACAAAAAAUAAAUGUUGAUGUCACUUUUUAUGCACAUUUUAUUAUAUACAAACAAACACUCUACCAGACAAAACUUUGGAAUAAUUGAUCAAAGCUACAUUUAUUUGAUCAAAAUUACUGUGAAAACAGUAGAAGAAAGAAAUGAAUACCUUUAUUCAUCAAGGAUGCGUUCAAUUGAUUAAGUGACAGUAAAUACAUUUAGAAUGUUACAAAAAAUCUAUUUAAAGAACUCUGUGUAAAAGUAUCAUGAUUUCGACAAAAAUAUUAAAUGGCAAAAACAGUAUAAUUAAUAAUUAAGCACCAAUAAUAAUUUAUAAAUGUAAUAUUUAUAUUAUAUAAAUUACAGAUUUUUCUUUGCUCUUCAUUGUAGAGGGGAAAAAAAGUCCUGAAUUUGUCAUUCAGUGAAAGAGAAAUUGACCAAAGUGUCUUUUAGUGCAACCAAAAUCAUAAUUAUAACUUGCGAACUCAUCCCAGAAGGACUUGAAGGCAGCAUUUGGAUAAUGGAUGGCUACCACUUUAAUCAGGAUGUCAUUUAAUGCCUUUUGCUUUAUGCAAGAGUCAGCACUCUUUAACUGUGUUAGAGAAUUAUAUACAGUAUUAACACAUGUAUAUCGGUGUGUUUAUAUAAAUAUAUAUAAUGUACUCUGCUAUGGUUAUUUAAAUGAAAGCAUGUAUUGAGUGUGUGAAGUCUGUUAUAGGCAGUGUUGGGGGUAAAGCAUUACAAUUAAAAGGUUUGAGUUGCGCCCUCUACUGUACAGGCGUGAUUUUGCAUUUCCUUCAGCCUGAGGCUUAUUCAUGACAAGGCCAAAAAUAAAUAGAACUUUUGGGGUUAAAAAACAAACAAACAAGCAGCCCAGGUGAGGACAAAGUAGUGCAAAAGUACGUAACGCAUUACAUUCCAUAAAAAGUAACUAAGUAAUCCAAUUAGUUACUUUUUUUUAGGGAGUAGCGAAAUAUUGUAACGCAUAAAUAUUGUAACGCAUUACUUUUUAAAAGUAACUUUCCCCCACACUGGUUAUAGGCAGUGAAGAGUCCGACAGUUAUGCCUGCCGUUUUUGAAUGAACAUGCUCCAGGUAUCCAUUGCAUGUUAUUCCCUAAAUGCUUUGCACUGAUAUUAACGUGUCUUUCACUUGAUGUUCUAACAGAAAAACUCUCACAUGCUAAAGAAGAGA